CAAAUCAAUCGAACAACCGAAUUUAGUGCGGUUAAAAUGUCCCGUCAGGAAAUGAGAUCUCCCUUUUCCCAGGCACCAAGCAGUUAACAAGACUGAACAAGGAAAACUCAUCAGCAUUUGAUCUCCGAUCAGAAGCUGAUUUUGGUGGAAACAAUGAACUUUCUUCUGCCACGGCCCAAUCAACAGGGAACAGCUGAACCACCUCCAGUACAAGUGGAUAUGCUUGAGUCAUCUUAUGUUCCCAAGUCUGUGAAAAGUUUGGAAAGGCUUAUAGUAGAAGAUCCAUUUCCUGAGUAUCCCACGGUUGAAAAUCAUGGACAAGGCAAUGGAUUUUUAGGCAAGAAUUCUGAUGUUGCUAGUGAUAAGAAUGCUUCUGUUAUCCCGAGCCACACUGAUGUUACUGAGGAGGAUGGAUGGAUCAUUAUUCCACAUAAGGCUCUCCCCGAAGAAUGGAAUCAUGCACCAGACGUACGCUUAUUACGUUCCCUGGAUCGUUCUUUUGUUUUUCCUGGUGAACAAGUUCAUGUUCUAGCAUGCUUAUCAGCAUCUAAUCAGGAAACAGAAAUUAUUACCCCUUUUAAAGUUGCUGCAGUGAUGUGUAAAAGUGGCAUGCGCAAAUACGCUAAGAAACAAAAUUUAAACACGGAGGGUAAGACAAAUUCAGUGGCUGGAGGAGAGGAAGUGAAUCAUGGUGGUGCUGUAAUGGAUCUGAAUGAUGAGAAAUUGGAGAAAGAGAAGAUUAAUCCUGCAAAAGAUGUCCAUGAUAGUGAAUCAUUUCUUAGAAUGGAAGAGCAUAAAAGACGAACUGAAACACUAUUAAAAAGGUUUAAUAACUCUCAUUUCUUUGUUAGGAUUGCAGAGAGGGGUGAACCUCUGUGGUCGAAAAAAAGUGCUCCUCAGACAGCUUCUGAUUCAUCUGAAAUAGAUAGUCAAUGGUCUGCUCAAAAUGAAGCCGAAACCACUGCCAAGAACAUAUCUAGUCUGACUGCUGUUAUUGAUAGAGGAAACUUUGAUGCCAAUGUUUCUGGUGGAGCAACUAGAGGUACUGUCAAGUGUUGCUCUCUUUCCAAUGGAGAUAUAGUGGUACUUUUACAAGUAAAUGUUGGCAUUGGUUUUCUCAGAGACCCUGUCAUUGAAAUUCUUCAAUUUGAGAAAUUUCAGGAAAGAAACCUGUCUGAGAAUCGGGAAAACUUAGUCUAUGCAAAUCAAGACCCAUGUGGAGAACUGUUGAAAUGGUUGCUUCCUGUAGAUAACACACUUCCUUCGCCUCGUGCUUUAUCUUCUCCUUUAGGUUCUUCUUCUGCUUCUGCUUCUGCUUCUGGAAUGGGUAGCCCAUCUCAUAGGUCUAGCCAUUCUGCCUCCUCUGGUUCUCAGCUCUUUUCUUUUAGUAAUUUAAGAAGUUACUCCAUGUCAUCACUUCCUCAAAGUGUUACUCUUCCUCGGGGACCUAUUAAAGCCCAAAGUUCUAAAUCAUCAUUUGACCUUGAUGAGGUGGAUCGUUACUCUUCUCAAAAGAUUUUGAAGAGUCAAAGAACAGGGGUUGAAGAGCUUUUAUCUUUCCGGGGUGUGUCACUAGAGCGGGAAAGAUUUUCUGUUAGUUGUGGGUUACGGGGGAUCCAUAUCCCGGGAAGAAGAUGGAGUAAGAAACUUGAAAUAAUUCAACCUGUUGAGAUCCGUUCUUAUGUUGCCAACUGCAAUACAGAUGACCUUCUUUGCGUUCAGAUAAAGAAUGUUUCUCCAGCACAUAUACCAGAAAUUGUUGUAUACGUAGAUGCUAUAACAAUUGUUUUAGAAGAGUCUUCAAAAGUUGGACCACCUGCUUCCUUACCAAUUGCAUGUAUUGAAGCUGGAAACGAUCAUAGUUUGCCAAAUCUACCUCUCAGGAGGGGUGAAGAGCAUUCUUUUAUUUUAAAACCAGCUUCUUCUAUGUGGAAGAACAUCAAAACUUAUGGAGAAGAGUCCAAGGCAACCAGUUGGAAAUCCCUUUUGAAGACAUUCAACAAAAAGGGGAGUUCUUUGAUUGGUAACCAGUAUGCAAUUAUGGUAGCAUGUCAUUGCAACUACAGUGAGUCAAGGUUGUUUUUAAAGCAACCAACUAAUUGGAGACCACGUAUUUCAAGGGAUCUUAUGAUCUCUGUCACAAGCGAAAUGUCAGGACAAUAUUCUGGAUCAAGUGAAAGAUCCUCCCAGCUUCCCGUUCAGGUUUUAACUCUUAAGGCUUCAAAUUUGACACCCGAGGAUCUAACUAUGGCCGUUCUUGCUCCAGCCUCCUUUAACUCACCCCCAUCUGUGUUAUCCUUGAAUUCUUAUCCAACAACGCCAAGGAGCCCAUUUCUUGGUUUUUCUGCCUUUGCCGGGAAAGCAAGUAGAGAGAGGCAUGCUAGUGCAAUGCAGAGACUUGGCUCAAUGCCCGCUGUAUCAGAGAGUCAGAAACAGAAUGGUGAUGCUAGGACUAGGUCUAUUUCUUUUGAUGAGCAGUUGCCUCCAAUAACUAAUUUCAUUCCAACUUCUGGUUUGGAAUGUACUCAUGUCUGGCUGCAGAGUAGAGUACCACUAGGACGUGUUCCUGCUCAAUCUACGGCUACCAUUAAGAUGGAGCUACUUCCGUUGACUGAAGGCAUAAUAACACUGGACAGUUUACGGAUUGAUGUCAAGGAGAAAGGUCGCACGUAUAUCCCGGAGCACUCACCGAUGAUAAAUGCGACUACUAGCAUCUCCACGCGGAUUAUUUAAGAUGGAUUGCAAAUCGUGUUUCUUAUUUUACUUUCAUUUCAUGUUUAACCAUCAAGGAUUUCAAAGCGUAAUUCAUUUUGUUACCCUGUAUUCAGCUUUUACUGCCAUAGUGUGCACAAUCUUUGGAACCGAGAUGGAUAUCUUCCCUCGUUGAGCAGCAAGCGAACUAGUCAGAAAAAUACAACCGCAAAAUGAUUCCUUAUAUUGUAUCUAGAGAAUGACCUUUUUUUUUACCCCCUUUGACAGGAAAGAAACUUUCUUUGUAUCUAGA